AACUUUCCACCGCAUUACACUUACAGUCGCCAUUUUCGUCGACGACGAGUUAACUGAUUGUUGAAUUCAUCCGUAAAUUUCUUGUCGGUUGUUAUCCCAUUGUCGUCACAUUUUCUUCCACGAAGCACAUUAUCGUCGAAGAAGAUGCGGCAAUCCAAGCGAAUGCGUUCCCCAGGUGUGUGGCUCGACGAGUACAGUUGGGAAGAGAGGGUGGAGACCCGGAAGCGGAGAAAACGAGACACUCACAGCAGCGAGAGGGAGAACAAGUCUCGAAGACGCGAUCAGCACAAAUCGUCUGAGGGGCAUUACCUAGAAAGCCGUAGUCUGAACCAGAGGCUGGGCUCUAGGGAGAGAGAAAUCCAUGACGCCAGUGAGGACAUGCCCUAUGAUGACAGUCGUGGGGCUGUCUGCAAAGGCAGGGAUAGAGAUCGCGACUGGCACCACUACAGCAAGUCAUCUGGGCAUAGCAGACGGAGCAGUCGCAGGCGUAGAGACAGAGGACGCAGACGGAGUCCCUCUCCAAACAGCUCCUACUCGAGGAGGAGCCGUCAUCGCAGGAGCAGGAAAAGAUCCAGGAGUGUUGAGGAUGAUGACGAGGGUCACCUCAUCUAUCACAGUGGAGACAUGCUGAGAGCGAGAUAUGAGAUUCUGUCUACUCUAGGAGAGGGUGCAUUUGGAAAGGUUGUGGAAUGCAUUGAUCAUGCAAAAAGUCGAGCUCGUGUGGCUCUGAAGAUCAUUAAAAACAUAGACCGCUACCGUGAGGCAGCCAUGUCUGAAGUAGAGGUGCUUGAACAGGUGAACUCCCUGGACUGUGGCAGGAGAUAUUCAUGUGUGCGCAUGUUGGACUGGUUCGACUACCAUGGCCACGUGUGUAUAGCCUUUGAGCUUCUUGGCCUCAGCACUUACGACUUCCUCAAGGAGAACAACUUCCAGCCCUUCCCCAUACAGCACAUCAGACACAUGGCCUGCCAGAUCAUUAAAGCUGUUCGUUUUCUUCAUAAAAACAAGCUAACUCACACAGACCUGAAGCCUGAGAAUAUUCUCUUGAUUAACUCAGAAUAUGACAUCGAAUACAAUGCAGAAAUGAAGCGUGAUGAACGUACAUUAAAGAAACCGGAUGUAAAAGUGGUGGACUUUGGUAAUGCCACUUACGAUCACGAGCACCACACCUCUGUUGUGUCCACACGGCAUUACCGUGCUCCUGAGGUCAUUUUGGAUCUUGGCUGGGAUCAUUCCUGUGAUGUCUGGAGUCUGGGUUGCAUACUAAUAGAGUACUACCUGGGAUCUACUCUUUUCCAGACUCAUGACAGUAAAGAACAUCUUGCCAUGAUGGAGAGAGUCCUAGGUCCAAUCCCCACAAACCUCCUGCAGAAAACCAGGAAACGGCGUUAUGUCCAUCACGAUAAGCUGGACUGGGACAUGCAAAGCUCUGCUGGAAGAUAUGUCAAAAAACACUGCAAACCCCUCAAGCAAUACAUGGUGUCCCAGAGUGAGGAUCAUCAACAGCUGUUUGACCUGAUAGAGAAGAUGAUGGAUUACGACCCAGCCAAACGUCUAAGUCUGGACCAGGCUUUGCAACAUCCCUUCUUCUCCUGCUACCACAAGAUUAGCAGCAGCCAAAAAGACAGGUCUUGAGUCUUACUAAUCUCAGACUUAUGACCUGGGUUAGGCACCUGUCUGGCUGUCUUCUUUGCUACUAAAUAAAAUACUCAGUGUAGCACAGUGCCAACCCUUUUGCUUUUUAACUCUCCGCGAGAGGUGAAGUUAAGCUGACUGCAUCAGUCCUUUGGCCCUGCCCUCUGUGGUGGCGUUCUUGUCCUUUGACUUACCUGUCACUCAAGCUAGUAACAAUUUCCAUCUGAAUGAUUUUGUUGACUUUUUUUUCUACACAUAAAAAAAAAUUGGUCGGAGUCCGGGUGGCAUGGCGAUCUAUUCAGUUGCCUGCCAACACAGGGAUCGCCGGUUCGAAUCCCCGUGUUGACUCCGGCUUGGUUGGGUGUCCCUAUACACAAUUGGCCGUGUCUGCGGGUGGAAAGCCGGAUGUGGGUAUGUGUCCUGGUCGCUCACUAGCGCCUCCUCUGCUCGGUCGGGGAGCCUAUUCAGGGGGGAGGGGGAACGGGGGAAUAGCGUGAUCCUUCCACAUACUAUGUCCCCCUGGCGAAACUCUUCACUGUCAGGUAGAAAAGAAGAGGCUGGCGACUCCCACAUGUAUCGGGAGGAGGCAUGUGGUAGUCUACAGCCCUCCCCCGAUCGGCAGAGUGGGUGGAGGAGAGAUCGGGGCGGCUCAGAAGAGUGGAGUAAUUGGGCGGAUACAACUGGGCAGAAAAAGGAUUUUUUUUUUUUGUGCUAUUUAUUGAUGAUUGUAAUUAAAAAAAAUGUAUUUUUUGAAUGCAAAAACUUGAGUUGUCAGUUUGUCUAAAUUGUUCUUGCUGCAGUUGUGAAGCUGGCACAGUAACAGGUUGAGACUGCUUAAUUUUAGUUGUCCCAGUCAUGUAAAUAUUUGAGCUUGUAAAGGUGUAUUAGCCAUUUUUGGGCAUGGAAAUCUUUGUAAAUUGUGAUUUAGCAAUGUAUAUGUGCAGUCUUUGUUCAUAUAAGCUUUUCGGUACAGUUGGAUUUGUAACUAUUGCAGUAUCAUUUCUCAAUAAAUUUCAGUAUUUGAAGAAAUUGCGGUUGGCCACAUUUGUAUUCAUUCCUAAGGGAACCAACCGCUUUAGUUUUGAGGCGAGGUUAUGCAGUAGCGUCCUGUGGACUUGAGAUGGCAGCAGAGCUGUUUAGUGUUAACGUAUGGUAGUCCGCCUCUGAACUGGUCUAAAAGCAGCUUGGGGGAAUCUGACAACCAAGUUAGUCACAGUACGGGAGUUUGUAAU